UUUUAUUUUUAAAGUGGAGUAAUUUGUUGUGCCAUAAUUGAAAUAUUUUAUGACUGAAUAUAAAUUAGUAGUUGUGGGAGCAGGUGGUGUUGGAAAAAGUGCUUUGACAAUUCAACUUAUUCAAAACCAUUUUGUUGAGGAAUAUGACCCAACAAUAGAGGACUCAUAUAGAAAGCAAGUAAUUAUAGAUGGCGAGACCUGUUUACUUGACAUACUUGAUACUGCAGGUCAAGAGGAAUAUAGUGCCAUGAGGGACCAAUACAUGAGAACUGGAGAAGGAUUUCUCCUAGUCUUCGCUGUCAACAACGCCAAAUCUUUCGAAGACAUAAAUUCUUAUCGUGAACAGAUUAAACGUGUCAAAGAUGCUCAAAAUGUCCCCAUGGUGUUGGUAGGAAAUAAGUGCGAUUUAGGGACCCGCGCAUUAGACCUCAAUUUAGCUCGCGAUUACGCCUCGGCACGCUCUAUGCCUUUCGUAGAGAGCAGCGCUAAAACUCGCGUGGGAGUCGACGAAGCCUUCUUCACUCUCGUCAGGCAAAUUCGGACUCACCAUCAACAAACUGGAGCCGACAAAAAGACGAAAAAAAUUAAAUCGAAAAAACGCAAAUGCUGUCUCAUGUGAUAAAAGAUUUCAUCGCCCCCCCCCCGUCUCACAUUUUUUUUUAUUUGUUCCGUCUUAUAUUUUUUUUAUAUCUUUCAAAACUCAAAAAUUAUACAAAAAAUGAAAUUAUUAUUUUCUGGAUACUUGUCAAUAAUUUAUCUUCGGUGAUUUAUAAUAUUCAUUUUUUUAAAAAAGUAUAUUCUAUUUAUUUAUUAUUUAAACGCUUCAAAUUUAUUCGAUUAAACGCGUUUUAAACAUCGAUAUGACCGAAAUAUUGCAUGAAUUUAUAAUUUUUCUCUUUCGCGUUUUACCAAUCAUCAAAGAAAUACUUAUUGCAAAAAAUUCAAACAAAUAUUAUAGGAUGACGGAUAAAUCCAAUAAAAAUAUUCUUUUUAUUUCUUUUCUCUAAUUUUUUUUAAAAUACUUUUUUUCUCCCAUUUUACAAAUGUUUUGUACAAACUUAUAUCUACAUUAUUAUAAUUUUUAGGCUGCCCAGUAAAGCCUUCAUUUUACUCUGAUUCUUCAAGCUAGCUCUAAUCAAUUCUCGAUAUAACUACCCAACAAAUAACUUUGGGCAGUGGCACUAAAAAAAAUAUAGAUUAGAGCUGGCGAGAAGUAAAAUUCAUUUAAUAUAAACAUAAAUUUUACUCUAAAUUCGCAUGUAUAAAUUUUUUUUAUUGUUAUUAAUCAAUUGUGUGAUCGAUACAUAAAGCAUUUUAUUGUAUUUAAAAAUAGUGGCAAAA